AUGGCGGUGGCAACAAACUGGUCAGAACUUCCAAAGGAUCUUCUUGAUCAGAUAUGGGAACGACUCGACAACGAAAUUGAUCUGAUUCGCUUCCGAUCAAUUUGUUCGCAUUGGCGCUCUUCCUCCAUCCCAAAUCGCCACUCCAUUGUAAUCGUCAAGUUUCCACUCCCCAAAAAUAUUCUUCCUGAUCUCAACAUCAAAACUUCAUUCUGUCACCUCUCCAAACGCAAAACCUUCCUCAUCAAACCACCACCACAACAAACCCUAGCUCGUCCAUGGUUGAUGAGAUUCACUCAAAUUUCAAGGGGCAAAAACAAACUCAUUCAUCCACUUUUCUCAUAUGACUCACCUUCAACCAAUUUUCAUUUGCCUCAACUUAUUGAUUUCAACAAACUCUCUGUCCUACAUUUAGUUACUGAUUUCAUCUUGGACGAUGAAUUUUGCUCUAAAUUUGAUCUUGAUCUCCCUAAAAAGGUGAUUUCCGUUGAAAAACAAUCUCUAGUUCUUGGUGUAUCACAAAAGUCGGUGCUGUUCCGUUCCAGAAAUCAGCGUUGGAGGAAGAUCUUGAAUUUCUCAAUCACUGAUGGAGACAUCUGUGUGUUUAAAGAGAGGUUUUACGCGGUUGAUAGAUUUGGUAGGACAUUUACGGUUAGACCGGAUUCAACAGUUGAAUUAGUGGCUGAACUUGAUGAUUUUGGUGGGAAUAGAAAAUUGUUUGUGGAGAGCGAGGGUGAGUUGUUGUUAGUGGACAUGCACAUGCACGAGUCUUCUCGUUUAAGGAUCGAGGUGUUCAAGCUUUGUGAGAAGGAGAAGAAGUGGAUUAAGCUGAAGAAUUUAGCGCGGAAGGUUUUGUUCUUGGGGCAUGGGUGUUCGUUUUCUGCGUCUACUUUAGAUUUGGGUGUUUCCAAAGGAAAUUGUGUCAUCUUUAUUGAUGAUGCCUUCCUCUCCUUUAUGGAUUUACAUGGUGGGAAAUGUGUUUUCCAUUUGGAUCAAGGCCGGCUUUCGCCCAUGUCUCAUUAUCCCGAAUAUUUCGACUUGUUCUGGCCACCUCCGGAUUGGAUCUUCAAAAGUUGAGGAUGUUAUCUUGCAUUGA